AAACAAGUAAACAUGGCGCCGUGUGACCCAUCAUAUCAUAUUUAGUGUAUUUUGUACACGCAGUAUCUGUAGAUUUAUCUCAAAUUAGCAGUAAAUCUUGUAAGAUAAGUGCGUAAGAGUCAUGAAACAUUACAAUAAGUGAUAAAUCAACAUUUAUAACUAAGUGCCAACUCUAUAUUUUCGUAAUCUUGUAAUUUUUAUAGUCCUAACAUUCAAAUUAUUGUAUAUUUAGUGAUUGUGUUGGAAUAAUCGAUGAUUGGAGUGAAGAUAGUGUUAGCAUAAUGUAAACAUUGUGGUUUUGUAAUAGUACGUAGGCGAAAUCGCUUUCUGUAGUAAAGGUAGACAUUAGCUAUGGAAAAUAUUGAUGGUUACCUGCACAAAAAGUUCAAGAAGCAAGUCAAUGUUGAUACGAAAAUCCAAAAUGACAAGGAAAACAAAGAAAGCGCUCCUAUGGAGCAGGGCGAGGAAAAAGCUGACCAGAAAGAAAAUCAAAGAGAAACUGAAUAUUCGCACGAAGAAUAUGCAUUUGAAAAGAAUCAACGGUCAGACAAUAACCAAAUUGUGCCAAAUCAAAGUACAAAAAACAGUACCGUAAACAGUUCACAUACGAUAAACGCUAACUGUUACAAGUCUUCCAUAUCAGUAGGGAAUCCACAAUCUUCGAACUCUUACAUAUCAUAUGUAGUUUCGAAACAACCAGACCAUCAUCAACCAACUAGUUUUGAUAUUAAAUUUAACAACCAACAGACCAACUAUACUACUGUUAUUAGUAAGUCUUCCAUUUUGAAUGUAUAUCCUACCAACAACUUCAAGUAUACGGGGGAUCAGUAUAUCCCAUUUCCAUCAACUACACUCCAAGAAGAAGCAAAACCCGAGGAAUUAUUGGUGCCUAAACCAGACGAACAAAGAAAUUCUGGCGGUAAAUACGUCUGCCCUUAUUGUAAUUUAGUCUGUUCCAAACCAAGCGUGCUGCAGAAACACAUACGUGCACACACCAACGAAAGGCCGUACCCUUGCGAAAGUUGCGGGUUUUCCUUCAAAACUAGAUCGAAUCUUUACAAACACUGCAGAUCGAGAACGCACGCCAACAGGCUAAUUGGUACGAAAACUCAAGAAAGUACUACCGAAUCAGACGUUCCUAAAUCAUCUAGUUACUCUCCUACUAACUUGGACGAUCUACAGAAGCCUUACAAACCGAGAUUUCAUACGACAAAACACUUCGACAAUAUCCCAUCUGAAAUGUUAGAAGACGAAGAACAGUACGUUCAAAACUCCACGUCAGAAUUCGUUUCCCACCAUAUUAACGAAAUUAUUAGUAGGAAUAAUUCUAUAGUGAGUUCCAAUGAUCAGCUAUCCCAAGGAGAAUUUCGAUAUAACAAAGAACCUGCGUAUGAGAGAUCAACCGAUGAGCCUCUAAAUUUAACUAAGAGUAGGAAACGCUCUAUGAGUGAAGUAACUGAACCAGUGAUCCAAAAGAGUCUGAUUAAAGAACUGUUAUUAAAAAACCUUAGUGCUUCAGAUAUGCAGUGUCCAUAUUGCAAGAUGAUUUUUCAAACUGUUACUGAAUUGGACGUACAUAAAUAUCGAAGCUGCAAAGGCAAACCACACGGUGCUAAGUAUACUAGAAGUAGCUCUGUAAAUGUUGCAUCGAUUUUAACACACAACAAAAACGCUUUCGAUAAUAUUCCACAGAUGCAAUUUCCUUUAAACUCACCUGGCCCGUUUUUAGGAAAAACCAGGUUGAUAGAGAGUGACAAGACCAAGUCGUUCUCGUUUGACAGCGGCAACAUGCCUUUGAUUAGUCCAGGGGAACCAUCACCUUCACCUAACUAUCUACUAUCGCCUCUUCCAUUUGAUCGGGACAAAAAACCGGGAGUCAAAUUAUUUGGUGGAGAAGUUAAGGUGCACUCAUCAGGUGAAACCAAAAGCUUCAAAAUUGAUGGAUCAGAAGAUAAAUACGAGAAAGAAGUUAAUUAUAUUGAUUAUGGCAGUAAUUUGAGUGAAAAUAGAGUUGUUAAAACUAGUCUACAGUCCGGUGGAACAGUUUUGACCAAUACAACAAACUACAAACCAGAUCUAAAAACUCCCAAAGACGUUUUAAUGAUGUCGCCUAGUGUGGACUUUAAUAAACGUAUUUUUACGUUUGAUAAAACUCCAGAAGUAUUGGAAAGUAUGCAAGAUUCGUUAGGACGACCUAGGGCUUUAUCAGAAACGUCAAAAUCAUACCCAGAUGAGUCGAGUCCUCUGUACAAAAACAUCAUGGACUUCAGUCAAAAAGCUCUUAAAAAGUUAACUCCUAAUAUAAAGCAGCCUACCCUUAACGUUCCAAGCAAAACCAUUUCUGUCAUAGAAACUACUCUUAACGUACCUAUUAAACCAAUUACCAACCAGAUGAUUCUAGAACCUCGACCGGAACUGAAUAUUUUAAGUCCCAAACCUAAAAUAACGACAGAUGUUUCCUUCAAUGAACUAAAACCCAACUUGUACAACCCUCUUAAUUUAUUAGUAAAUGGAAAAGUUGUUAGGCACGUACCUGGCAUGCCUGGGCCAGUAGUUGCUGCCGAAGCUCCACCUGUUGAAUACACUAGCAACAUUAUAGCUGUCGCCAGAACGGUUCAACAUAGUCUGGCUCCUCUGUCUCCGCUAGUUGUGGACAGGACACCUCUAACGCCGUUAAUAGUAGACAGGGCUCCAUUAACUCCAAAAUUAGCUGAUAUCUACACACAGCAAGAGAAAAACGGUACCAGGUUUUUCCUUCAACCCGAUAGACUAAAGUCUCCAAAUAAUUUACAAGUCGAAAGAGUCCUGGUAAAAUCAUCUGGAAACUUCCUGCAACCUGAAAAGUUCAACGAAAGAAUGAGUAGGUCGCCUAAAUCGGACAGUUCUGAAACGAGCACAAAAACCAACAAAUCUCUAGAACAGUCUUUAAAUGAAACCAAAUCAAUAGAAGAAGUUAAAAAGUUUAUUAGACCUAAUAGUUUGGCCCUCAAACCGACGAUGGCUUCUCUGAAACAACACCACGGUCUAACUCCAACCAUGUUUAACCAGAUUUUAAUCAGUCCCGAUACACCGAGAGUAGCUAAGAAGUACGCUCAACAUUUUCUUCACGGGAACUACUUCAGCUACUUGGGGUUGAAGAGUUCGACGCGACCCGUAUAUUGCACACUCAACAAAACCCAACCAUUCUACGUGCCGUACUUUAAGAAGUUGAGCAUGUACUCCGAAUGGAGGCAGCAGGAUACGAAGCAGGAUAAAUUGUACGUCAGCAAUUACGACUCGAGGCAGAAGGGACACAGUUAUAGCAUUGCUGGGAAGACGACACCCAAUAUGAUCAUUCAUUCCAGCUAUAAGUUUGUUAUAUCGGAAACUCUAUCGAAACAAUCAGAAAAAGAGGAUGAACCACAAAAGACUAACGCCAUUUUAGGAGGCUAUGAGUGUAAUGAAGAUUACAUUUAUGUGAGAGGAAGGGGCCGAGGACGCUACGUGUGUGAUCAGUGUGGCAUCCGAUGCAAAAAAACCGUCAAUGCUUAAAAAACACAUUAGGACACAUUCUAACGACAGACCUUACACAUGCAGCCACUGCAAUUUCAGCUUCAAGACCAAAGGCAACUUAACAAAGCACAUGAAAAGCAAAGCGCAUUCCAAAAACUCGACAACCAGCACUGGAUCCUCCUCUUCUUCGGCCCAACAAAGCGCUCAAAGCUCAGAAUCCGAUACUGAUGACAGCGGAAUGGAUAGCAGCGACGAAUCUACACGGCAACAAGAACAUGAAGCAGCUUACGGUCUUCUAUCCCUUUCCCAGAAACCAUCGCAACCUUCCAGUGGGGACCUAGCUCACGGUCGCAGUAAAAGUCCGACGGACACUUUUAUGACCACCGAAGAAAUAGCGCACGUUUCCAAGGCAAAUUAUGCCAAAAACAAAAUUUUAGACGAGCAAAAUACAUCGCGGAAUUCAGGUUUUAGAAACGUAGAAGUCAGUAAUGUAUCUACUGCGGAAGAAAACCACGGAAAGCCAAAAUUUUAGAAUAUAUUUAGGAAUGGGGAGUGGAAGUAGGCCGUUAACAUACCCUUAUACGACUAUUUUAACGGUGGAAAAGGAAAUGAUGCACUCUCCGAAGAUUAUCGAGCUGGACUCGAGAGUAUCGGAAAAAAAUCCUCCUCCGCCAGAACAAAAAAGCAUAAAACAGUUCCAUGUUAUCCAAAAAUAUGUACCUCAAUCUAAACUAAGUCCUAGACUACCUGAAAACAAUGUAAGAGAUGUUCCUGUUUCCCGAAAAGUCGAGUACAAUUAUUCUCCCCCAGAAGAAACGUUAAAUAACACCAAAACUACCGCAGCUUUGCCCAGUCGACCUCUCCCGACUCUUAAAAUAAACGAUGUCGUCGUUAGCAGCGAAAACACGUCAGAUGCAAGAAAAAGAAAGGUCUCUGUGACGUAUUUUCCUUACAAACGAAAAGUAUCGAAGAGCGAUGAAGUCAUGGACCUCUCAAUGGCAAAUAACCACGAAAAAAUAGUUAACGGUGUCGUAGAAGAAAAUAUAGUGAACAAUUUUAGGCCUAUAGAAACCCAAAAAAACGUAGCCAACGAAAUAUUUAACGCGUUACAAAAGCCCCAGCCUCCUCCUAGGCUAGAAAUCAACGAAGACAUGGAGGAAUACCCGCCACCUACUAAAUCUUUCGAAUCGACGAACAACAACGGUGCUGUCAUCAUUGUUCGACCUAUGACAUCGGAACUACCCGAAGAGCAAACGUCGAACGUGAACUACAACGAAGAGUCUGCCAAAAGCGGCGAUUUCGAUAACAGCGCAAUGGAAACGUUGGCCGAUAUCGCUACCAAGCAAGUGAAAUUGGAGAAAAAUACUUUGGCGAAAAGUGUGGCUAGUGAGUUUCUGAAAUUGGCAACGAAAAUUGAGAACGCAGAUGGCUCCAUUAAUUCCGUUAAUUUUGGACCUAUCAAUAAGGAUGUCAACGAUAUUAUCGUGAAAUCUGAGGGGAACAAAAGCUGUACUAUCUGUUUGAAAAGUUUCAACAAACCGUCACAACUUAGGCUUCAUAUGAAUAUACAUUAUCUAGAAAGACCUUUUCGCUGUGAUUCAUGCUCGGUCAGUUUUCGAACCAAGGGACAUUUACAAAAACACGAGAGAAGUGCUAGUCAUCACAAUAAGUUAUCGUCGUCUCCCGCUCUGUCAUCUUCCGAACCGAGGCCGUUCAAAUGUUCAGACUGUAGCAUAGCUUUCCGAAUCCACGGACAUCUGGCGAAACACCUUCGAUCAAAAAUGCACAUCCAACGGCUGGAGUGUCUAAAGAAGUUGCCUUUUGGUCUUUACGCCGAGCUGGAGAGAUCUAACAGUCUGUUGACGGAGAUAAAUACUUGCGACGGGGACCAGUGCCUUGAAAGCCUCAAAAUGUUAGCUAAGAAAGUGUUUAUCAACCACCCGAACAAACUGACCGAUAUAGAUCAUAGGGAGAAUAUUAGCGCGGAUUAGUAGAACAAUUUUUGUACAUAUUUGCUAUUUAAACUGCUGAAGACUGAAGAUAAGAAAAAUCUAUUAAGAAAGUAUACAUUUUAUAAAAUAUUUUAUUGUUAAAAACAUUCUACUUACAGAAUUAGAUUAUUAUUUAGAUGAAGAUAUAUUAUAUAUUCUCGAAGGGCCGAUUUUAAAACUGCAGGUAGGUUCCUGUGUAGUACUGUUUUAAUUUUAUGAAUUGAUUCGUUUUAUUUAAUUCGACAUUGUUUUCUUAGUAGUUUGUACAAAAUACAAACGAAACUUUUUCUGUCGCUUCAGAAAAAAUAUUUCUCGUUACAUCAUCGUGAAAACUCUACAGGUACUCUUCAAAUGCUGGCACCACUUCAUUUUUUUAAAGGGCUUUUGCAACUUGUGUAAAAUACGAAAGUCACUUGGUGAUAAAUCCGGACGAUAGAUUGGAUGUUGUAGCGUCACCGAUGUAUUGUACCUUCGCCAUAUGAGUAACGGCGUUACUCAUACUACUCAUUGUAGUGCCGGAAAUAUCACUCCCACCAAUUUUGAGAAAAAUUAAUAUAAACAGUAUUUUGCUGGUCCAAAAUACUGCUUCCAGUAGAUUUCUGGCUGAAAAAACGCUUUUGUAUUGAGUCCCUUUUACAUUUUGCAUGACCUUGUAUAAUCUAAAUUCCAAUGGAUAUUCAAUUACAUUGAAAUUUUUCUUCCUGUGUAUUUAGGAAGAGGGACUCCUUGAUACAAUCCAGAAAUAAUAGUGAGAAACUAUAAAAUUAGUUUUUCAUUCAAUAUGCAAGUUCCAGUCAAGUGUACUGCUUAUUAUCAGUUGUUCAGAACAAAAGGAUCUACACAACAUUAUAAAUUUCCUACAAAUAAAUGGAUGCAAUACGAAACAGACCAACAAGUGCGAGUUAAAAGAAGAAGAAGAAAGAAAGAAAAACCUAAAUGUUUAUUUUUUAUCAUGUUCAGUAAGCACAUAUAAUCUUUGUUUGAACUUGUGUGAACCUCUUGAAUCUGCGUUUGAACGAUCUUUUGUGUUCAAUUAUAUGUGUUUCGUGCAUCUAUCUGUUUGUCCAAUGUAUAUUUUUGACCAAUCGUCCCUAAUUAAUUUAUAAACUUUAUUAAAUAACUUGCAUUGAAUAAAUGUACAUAAACAGAUAAUUGCAGACAGUAUAACCCCUGCCCAUUGACUAGAUAGAAUGACUGCAGGGCCACUAUAUAUUUAGGCAGAAAAAAGUGAACAAACAAGAUGGAAGAUCAAGAAAAUUUGACGCAGUAAAUUACUGAGUAAAAAUAAAUUUGAAGGAAAGGAAAAAGGGCAAUGCGGAAACAAAAUAUAUCAGUAAUAUUGCUGGUAAAGUUUUUCAGAAAAAAUUUAAGUAAUUAUAAGUUGAAAAAUAUCUUGUGUGACUUUUUACUUCCCUAAGAACAAUAUUAGCUAACCAUAUGACUAGUUUUUAAGUAUAUAUAUGAAAAUUUAUUUUUUUAAUGUAUUUUAUUAUGAGUAAGCUUUUUUGUUUUAUUUAUUUAAUGACCAAGUUAUUUUUACCAAAAACUGGUUAGGCGGUAUUGUUACCAAUUCUUGAGGAAGAACUGUUAUCUCUUAUUAAUUAUUUUUAUUGUAAAUAGACAAAAUAAGGAACCGAAUGUUGCUUGGAAUCCCUGUGUGCAAAAGGAGUACGAAAUUUGAUGUGUUGAAAGUAUUUCAAAUUGCAAAUAUACUAUUACAAGGCAACAAUUUGAACUUUUGAAUAGCAUUUGAAGCUAGAAAAUCAGUUCAAACAAUCAUCAAGAACUUUGAUAAUGUAAAAGGCAAAUAUCGAGCACAGUAUUAAUUUAAUCUUGCC